GCUUUCAUACAGGGGGUGGGGCCAAGACGAGGCAGCCACCAGCAGCCACUCAACACCCCCUCAGCUUCCUUCCCUUACUCAGCUGCUGUAGCCUCCCUGGAGCCACAGGUGUUAAUUUAGGGGCCCCUGGGCCCUGACCUUAUUAGGUGCCGCUGCAGAAAUAUGAGGGCCUGGAGCCUCCUCCUCCUGGUGAGCCUCCUGGCUUUGGGGAGCCAGCUGUCCACUGUCUCGGGCAGGAGGAAGGGAGCUCUGGAUCUGUUGGGAGGAAGCUCUAGCCCUUCUUCUUUUCUCCCCGCCUCCCCCCAAAAGUCUGGGGCUGACCUGUCACCAGAGAGACAUGGCGGGUGUCCACCGGACGAUGGGCCCUGCCUCCAUUCGGUGCCUGACCAGUGCGUGGACGACAGCCAGUGUCCCUCAAAGAUGAAGUGCUGCCACAGAAGUUGUUUCCGCCAGUGCGUCCGUAGGGUCACAGUGAAGCAGGGCACCUGCCCCGAGGACCGAAUGCACUGCCUCAGCCCCAUUCAGCACCUGUGCCACAAGGACACAGACUGCAGGGGCAGCAGCCGCUGCUGCCUCGGUGCCUGCGGCCGGGACUGCCGGAACCCGGUCAGAGGCUAAUUCUGGUUUAGGAUCUGUGGCUCUGAACCUCAGGAUGGGAUUCCCUGCAGGAAGGGCUGAUGACGGGGCCUGGGACCUGCCACCCAGCAGCACUGUCUGCCGGCGACAGUUCCAACCUCCUGAUAAACACGGAUCCGUGGUGACUUCCCCUGCAGCCAUCCACCAGGUUUUUCCUCCUGGGAAUCAAGGUUCAUGGCCAGACCUCAACGGACUCCUCUCUGUACCACCACCACACCGAGCUCCUCGUCCUUCCUAACACCCACCUUCACAUCUCUGUGUACGUGUUUCUUCCACCUAAAAUGCCCAAUUCAGAUAGGCCUCUCUGUGUGGGGUCCUGGCCCCUCCCCAGCCCUGAGUGUACGUUCCAGCAGUUUCCGGAACAUGUCUGUUCACAUCCCCCUUACUCAAUGUUCGCCAUGCCUGCAAAAUAGCGUCGUGACGUUUGGUGUACUGCCUGUCCUCCUGUUUAUCGAAUGCUUUUCCUUAAGUGGACUCACUUUUGUAUAUAAGUAAUUUCCAAAGAAAAGCUUGAUGUGACUGCUAUAAACGGGAUAAGCAGGAUCACUUGGCACAAGUAGAAUGUGAUUAUAAAAGCAAAUGCAAUGAAAACCGCUAUGUUCCAUUAAAAUCAUGUCCGAUUAAACAGUAUUAAAUAAUGUUA